GAUUUCCUUAUCCCAUCUCACUUACGAUGAUACACAUGGGAUUCUCUGGAGUUGUCACGUUUUUCCUUGUGCGUGUUUUGAAGGUGGUCACUCCAGUCAAAAUGACGUUCGAUAUAUAUAUAUCUUGCGUUGUGCCGAUAAGCGCGUUUUUUGCUUCCAGCCUUUGGUUUGGAAACACUGCUUAUCUCUACAUUUCCGUGGCUUUCAUCCAGAUGCUCAAAGCUUUGAUGCCUGUAGCAACAUUCAUGAUGGCUGUUUCGUGCGGAACGGAUAAAGCUAGAUGGGAUCUGUUUCUAAACAUGCUGCUCGUCAGCGUUGGAGUGGCAGUUUCUUCUUACGGUGAAAUCCACUUCAACGUCAUCGGUACAUUCUUCCAAGUGACAGGGAUUGUCUGUGAAGCUCUGCGACUAGUACUCACGCAAGUACUUCUGCAAAAGAAGGGCCUGACAUUGAACCCCAUCACCAGUUUAUAUUACAUCGCCCCAUGCAGUUUUUUGUUCUUGUUUUUCCCCUGGAUUGUUUUGGAGAAGCCGGCUAUGGAAGUUGAACACUGGAAAUUUAGCUUCUGGGUGUUUUUUACGAAUGCACUGUGUGCUCUGGCGCUGAACUUCUCAAUCUUCCUCGUGAUUGGGAGGACAGGGGCUCUCACUGUCAGAGUGGCCGGAGUCCUGAAAGACUGGCUGCUGAUAGCGCUUGGAACCAUCCUUUUCCCAGAAUCCAAGCUCACGGGAUUAAAUAUCAUCGGAUACGCUAUUGCACUCUCCGGAGUUGUGCUGUACAACUAUUUGAAAAUGCGGGACGCAACCAUUGUCCACCAGAUUUCUCUUGUGGAUGUAGACAAGCCAAAGGAAUGGCGGCUCGAUAAGAAAGACUCCGACGUGCUCGAGAAAGAUAUUCCAGCCAAUGCAAGCAUGCCUGUUGGAGACGAGGAGGCCCCUCUCAUUCCCUCUAGUCGUUUUCAGCGUAAUCAAAGUGGGAACCAUGAUGUAUAGCAUUACAGAAAGAGGUACGAGAGCUAGCAAACAAAUUUUUUCUCCUUGGAUGUCAGGUACAAAUAUGGAGCGUUAGCUCUACUGUAAUUCUUUUCUGCUAGCAGGACAGUUUUGAAGAUAACACGAUUCAUAAUUUUCCAUUAGUAUAA